CCACCUGUUCUUUGAAUUUCAUUCACCACAUCAACUUAAUUCUCUCUUCCGUUUCAUUAGCUGUUUCAAAAUCAAGCUUAUGUUCAGAUAGUGUAAAUUGAAUCAGUUCUAACGGUGUGUAGUUGACAACACAACCGCGCGCUUUGCUGACAGUCUUCAUGCAUUUUUUGCAAAGGAUUUCACCAUUGAGGGGAUUAAGUUGUAUGCAGCCAAUGUAACCUAUCCCAUCGCUGAGAAGAAAACGUAUUUUACUGCAUAAAUGGUUUUUGGAAGGUUGCAUUUUUGUAGUUUUAUCGUUACAGCAGGUCUAGUUCCAGGAAACGAAACGAUGAGUAUGGUUGAGCUCAGCUAAGUCAGCACCCUGACUUGACAGCUCGAACUGUCAAACAUCAGAUAGCUAAGCUAACCCUUUGAUUGAGCUGGACUGCCAAGGGGUAGCUAAAACAUUGUCACCAUGAGAGUAAGUUCAUCCGUUUUUGCCUCCUUUUGCCUCAUAUUUGAGCUGUUUGGCCUGGCACUGUUCUUGAGGGGAUUUUUCCCUCUUCCUGUCAAAUCAUCAUUUUCUUCCAAAAGUAAAGUUUCGGACCUGCCAGCUGAACCACUGACAGGGAAUGGUCCUAAUGCAUCGAAAAUCCCACCACCUUUGUUCAAGAAGGUAGUGAUUGUAUUAAUUGAUGCCUUGAGAGAAGACUUUAUAUUUGGACCAAAUGGGGCCAAGUACAUGCCGUACACAAGACACCUGGUCGAGCGGGGAUCUACGCACAGUUUCAUAGCUAAGGCCAGAGCACCGACUGUCACAAUGCCAAGGAUCAAGGCCCUGACCACGGGCAGCAUCCCCGGCUUCAUCGACGUGGUGAUGAAUCUGAACUCGGCCACGCUGUACGAGGACAACCUGCUGUGGCAGGCCAAGACGGCCGGCAAGCGCAUCAUCUUCUACGGAGACGACACCUGGGUGCGCCUCUUCCCAAAGCACUUCAUGGAGUACGACGGCACCACCUCCUUCUUCGUCACCGACUACACAGAGGUGGACAACAAUGUGACGCGUCACCUGGACAGCACUCUGAAGAGGGACGACUGGGACAUGCUGAUCCUGCACUACCUGGGCCUGGACCACAUCGGCCACAUCAGUGGUCCCCACAGCUCCCUGGUGGGGCCCAAGCUGCUGGAGAUGGACGACAUCCUCAAGAAGAUCCACGCCGCACUCAUCUCCAAGGAGACGGAGGGGAGCCUGCCCAACCUGCUGGUGCUCACUGGGGACCAUGGCAUGUCUGAGACGGGCAGCCACGGAGGCUCCUCGGAGCCCGAGGUCAACACCCCCCUGGUCCUCAUCAGCCCCGCCUUCAAACGCAAAGCGGCCAUGGAGAAGCCUAGUGUGGUGGAGCAGGUGGAUUUGGCCCCCACCCUGUCUCUGAGUCUGGGCCUGCCCAUCUCCCAGAACAGCGUUGGGCGUCUGAUCCCCGCCGUGUUUGAGGAGACCCCCCUCCGAGAGCAGCUACGCUACCUGCACCUCAACAGCUACCAGCUCCACUGCCUACUGCGGGACAGCACGCUGGACUACCAGAAGGAGGAGGGCUACGAGUUGUUCCGCGUGGCGGAGAGGUCUCACGGCAACUGGAUGAAGCUGUACCUGGAGGGCAACACAUCGGAGGUGCUGGGCAACAUGGGCCGCAAGGUGCUGCGCCAGUACCUGGAGGCCCUGCACGCCAUGAGCUCCGCCCUCAGCCGCCAGAUGGGCAAAUACGACAUGUACUCCAUGGUGGUGGGCACCAUCCUACUCAUGCAGACUCUGCUGCUGCUGCUGCUGGCGAUGCCCGAGGCCCUGAGCGGCUGUGCGGUGGUGGACGUGCCGGUGGGCUCGGCGCUGCUCUCGCUGCCCUUCUACCUGCUGUGCCUGCUGUGCUCGGCGCUGCACGUGGCCAUCUGCACCUCGGCCGGGGCCUCCUGCUACUUCUGCGGCCUGCCCUGGGCCCUGGUGUUCGCCGUCAUCGCCUGCUCCGCCGCCCUCCUUAGCGCCCUCGGCACCAUGGUGUUCAGGAGACUGGCUCUGGGCAGCAAGUCCCCCACUAAGGGUGUCUCCCCAGGGGGCUGGGAGCUGUCCGAGCUGGACGUGCUGCUCUUGGCUGGGACCGUGGGCCACACGCUGAGCCUGGGAGCCUCCAGCUUUGUGGAGGAGGAGCACCAGUCCUGGUACUUCCUGCUCAACACGCUCUGCCUGGCCGUCUUCCAGGACGUCUGCCGCAAGUACUUCCGGGAGCGGCGCCGGAGAGCCAGCCAGGGCCUGGACAGCGAGGACGACGAGCCCCUGCUCCCAUCCUGUAAGGAGAACAGGCCCCUGCCCUCCGUCGCCCCCGGCGAUGACCCGGACUCGUCCCCGCUAGCGGACCUGGGUGUCAGCAGGGGCUCGGAGAAGUGGCUGGCCCUGGCAACACCGCCCCUCACCCUGGCCUGCUGCAGGCUGCUGCGAUCACUCAACCAGACGGGUAUCCAGUGGGCACACCUGCCUGACCUCAGCCACUGGCUCAACAGUGGUGAGCAUAAGGUGGUCCUCUCGCUGCUCUCCAUGGUGUCCCUGGUGGUGAUCUUCGUGUUGGUGCAGAGGCGCUGCUUGGCGGUGUCCAAGAUGGCCCUGGCGCUCGGCCUCCUGGGAGUCUUGUUCCCAUGGCAACGCAGCAGCCGCUCAGCCGCCUCCAAGGGCACGGUGGAGGCGCGCUUCGUCUACGUCUUCGUCCUGGGUAUCCUGUUCACUGGCGCCAAGGACCUGCUCCGCUCGCAGCUGGGCUCCAGGGAGGGGCGUCUGCGCAGCCGGGGCCUGUGGGAGGUGUACAGCGGCGUGGUGCUGCUGGUGGCGCUGCUGCUGCGCGCCCACAACCUGCCCACGCUGGCCGCCUGCCUACUGGUGCAGUCGCUCAUGGCCCAGUUCAUCUGGAAGAGGCUGCACUAUGACGCCGUGCAGACCACCAUCAUGCACUACUGGUUCGGGCAGGCCUUCUUCUACUUCCAGGGAAACUCCAACAACAUAGCGACGGUGGACAUCUCCGUGGGGUUUGUGGGUCUGGAGAGUUAUGUGGAAGCCCCGGCCAUCUUCCUGACCGCCCUCAGCACCUACGCAGGGCCCCUACUCUGGGCCUGCCACCUGGUCUGCUACCUCAGCUCAGAGAGAGACAGGAGCAGUGGUGCGCUGGGUCACGGCUGCUACUGCUUUGCGCUGCUGCGCUCGGUGCCGGCCGUCUUCUACGUGCUGCUGGUGACGGUGCUGCGCUACCACCUCUUCAUCUGGAGCGUCUUCUCUCCCAAGCUGCUGUACGAGGCCAUGCACACCCUGGUCACCACCCUCAUCUGCGUCUUCUUCACCUUCAUGGACCAGAGCCCGCCCACACUCAGAGCCUAACGCACACCAACGGAUGGACGCGUAAACAUGCACACACACGCAGACACACACAUACGCGCACACACGCACACACACACAGACACACACAUACGCGCACACACGCACACACACACCUUAACCAAAUGCAUAUCCUGACCACAUUGACGUCUGCACCCUUAUGAACCAAAGUUCUUCAUUCAAGCAGUCUUUACUUGGCUACCUAUCCACGUCACACGCAAAUAGUGUACAUAAAUGUGCACGCACACACACACACACACACACACACACACACACACACACACA